CGCGCCGGGUGCGACGGCGGGACGCGGCGGAGCUGCUCUCGCCAUGGGCGGUGGGUGCCGGGCCCGGGCCCCGCCGGCCGCGGGGCUGCGGCUGCUGCUAGCCCAAGCCGUGCUCUUCUGCGCCGCCGGGAGCGCCGCCGGCACCGGCUCCGUGAAUCCCUGCUGCUAUUUCCCGUGCCAGAACCAAGGGGUGUGCGUGAGGGUCGGCCUGAGAGGAUACGAGUGCGACUGCACACGGACGGGAUAUUACGGGGUCAACUGCACCUCCCCUGAGUUCUGGACACGUCUCCACAACCUGCUGAGGCCCAGCCCUGCCUUCUUCCAUUUCAUCCUGACCCACUUCAAGUGGUUCUGGGACAUCAUCAACAGCACCUUCAUCAGGGACACGCUCAUGAGGCUGGUGCUGACAGUUCGUGCCAAUCUCAUCCCCAGCCCCCCCACUUUCAACUCUGACUACGGCUACAUCAGCUGGGAGGCCUAUGCCAACGUCAGCUACUACACUCGUGUCCUCCCGCCCGUGCCGGACGACUGCCCCAUGCCCAUGGGCACCAAAGGGAAGCUGCAGCUCCCUGACCCGCAGCUGCUGGCUGAGAGGUUCCUGAUGCGCCAGAAGUUUAACGCAGAUCCCCGAGGCACCAACAUGAUGUUCGCUUUCUUCGCCCAGCAUUUCACCCACCAGUUCCUGAAGACCUCCGGGAAGAUGGGCCGCGGCUUCACCAAGGCGUUGGGGCACGGGGUGGACCUGGGACACCUGUACGGGGACAACCUGCAGCGGCAGCACCAGCUGCGCCUCUUCAGGGACGGCAAGCUGAAAUUCCAGGUGGUGGAUGGCGAGGUGUACCCUCCUGCAGUCACUGAUGCUCCGGUGCACAUGGUGUACCCRUCGGGGGUGCCCAAGGAGCAGCAGUUGGCCAUGGGGCAGGAGGUGUUCGGGCUGCUGCCGGGGCUCUGCGUCUACGCCACGCUCUGGCUGCGCGAGCACAACCGAGUCUGUGACCUGCUCAAGCGUGAGCAUCCCACCUGGAGCGACGAGCAGCUCUUCCAGACAGCACGGCUCAUCCUCAUCGGGGAGACCAUAAAGAUCGUCAUUGAGGACUACGUGCAGCACCUCAGCGGGUAYUACCUGAGCCUCAAGUUCGACCCCGAGCUGCUGUUUGGGUACCAGUUCCAGUACCGGAACCGCAUCGCCGUGGAGUUCAACCAGCUCUACCACUGGCACGGGCUGAUGCCCGACUCCUUCAUCAUCCAGGGGCAAGAGUACAGCUACAAGCAGUUCAUCUACAACACCUCCAUGCUCAUGGACUACGGCGUGGAGGCACUGGUGGAGUCCUUUUCCAAGCAGAAAGCAGGAAGGAUCGGUGGGAUACAGACCAUCAACACCAAYAUCCUGCAUGUGGCCGUUGGGGUCAUCAAGGAAUCCCGGCAGCUGAGGCUCCAGCCCUUCAACGAGUAUCGGAAGAGGUUUGGCAUGAAGCCCUACGAGUCCUUCCAGGAGCUGACAGGAGAGGAAGAGAAGGCAGCGGAGCUCCAAGAGCUGUAUGGAGACAUCGAUGCUCUGGAGUUCUACCCAGGCUUGCUGCUCGAGAAACCCCACCCUAAAGGCCUUUUUGGGGAAAGCAUGGUGGAGAUCGGAUCUCCAUUUUCCCUGAAGGGGCUUCUUGGGAAUCCCAUCUGCUCCCCAGAGUACUGGAAACCCAGUACCUUUGGUGGAGAAAUCGGCUUUGAGAUCGUUAAGACGGCGUCGCUGGAGAAGCUCGUGUGCCUCAACGUGAAGAAGUGCCCGUACGUGGCGUUCCACGUGCCGGACRCAGAGGAACAGCACAGCCCUCGGGCUGGUGGAUCAUCUACAGAGCUCUAGCACCAGGGGAUCUGCCCAGGGGACACAGCGACCUGCCACCCUGUGCCCAACAGAAACGGGACAGGAGAUGGUCCCAUCCUGGGUGUCCUCCACGCCAGCCCUCGGGGAGAGGCUGCUCCCUGCUCUCUGAAAAGCUCAAGUGCCUCACGAGYGUGGCUGCCACCGCUGUCCUCAGCAGACUCAGUUCUCUUGCUACUGAACACCUUGCACGAAGCAGCUUUGGGAUUCCCCAGCAGACACUCUGGACUCCACAGUGCUUCAUCACUUCCAGCCCUGCUGCCUC